CGCUGCUCUACCGGCGCACAAGCAGCAGCGUCUUCCGGGUCAAACCUUUCAUUACCCCGCCUCUCUUCUCCAGCAGUCCUUCCGGCUUGACCGCCAUCAUUGACAGCAGACAUGGCUAUUCGCUACCCAAUGGCCGUUGGCCUCAACAAAGGCCAUCCAGUCACCAAGAAUGUGACUGCUCCCAAACACAGCCGCCGGCGCGGGCGUCUGACCAAACACAGCAAGUUUGUUCGGGACAUGAUCCGCGAAGUGUGCGGCUUCGCUCCGUAUGAGAGGCGAGCCAUGGAGCUGUUGAAGGUGUCAAAGGACAAGAGAGCCCUUAAGUUUAUCAAGAAAAGGAUCGGCACUCACAUUCGCGCCAAGAGAAAGAGGGAGGAGCUGAGCAACGUGCUGGCCGCUAUGAGGAAAGCCGCCGCCAAGAAGGACUAAUCUGUCACUCAAUAAAACGUUUGCUAAACUAUAAAA